GACAUUCAAGAUCUUCUGCUAACAUGGGCUGAACACAUCAACAAGGCUUCUGCGAUAUUCGUGCGAGUCCCUAGUUACAUCAGGUCCAUCUUUUUUGGCGGCCGAGCUGCGCCCCUCGACAAAAAAGAUCCCCGGAUUCGCACUCUCCCCUUUGCCACAAGGCGAGCAACGUUUCGAGAGGUGCAGAGAGUGCACGAGAUGCUCUCUACCGUUCACGUUUAUGGAAGGGACACAGACAUAACUGUGGUCCUCAGUCCGUCAAAGAAAACAUGGAAAAGCAAGGUGAAGUCCACAGUGGAGGAAAAGACUGAUCAAAAGAAUGAAGAAGAGACGAAUGUCUCAGAUGAGGAAGAGGAAGCUGAGAUCCAUCUGGAGAUGGUGGAGCUCACUUUAGGAACCCUGGACCUCAGGGAGUCUGAAGUUUAUCCAUCCAGGCACAAAAGGAGGAGGAAGAAAAAACUGAAGCAGGAAACUACAAACCAAAAUAAAGUCACAGAUGAUCAGGAGGAGAGGCUGUCGGAGGCUGCUCGAGCAGAAGAGAACCCUAACGAGAAGGAGAAUUUAAAAGACGGACAGAAGAAAAAACAGCUGGAUGGUGUGUACAGAUUAUUAUUUAUGUUUUAUUUCUUAUCAAUUUUUAAAAUCAACUAAAGAAGUGACAGGUUU